CGGCCGCCGCUACCGAGCGGAGGGGGUCGCGCGGCACGGCGCGGCUGCGGCAUGGCGGCCUCGCUCGAGGUGUGCGCGGUCCUCGGCUCCCUGGGAGGAGGAGGCGGCGGCGGCGGGGUUCGCGGCGCCUCUGACGGCGGCGGCGGAGGAACAGGGAGCGACCCGGGUUGUGCGGCGGGCGAAGAAGAGAUGAAGGCGACGCAGCUCAACGCACUGAUGGAGCGUCUGAGAGCCAAGCACGCCCAGCCGAGGCCCUGGGGAGACACCAUCAAGAUGGUGCGCCAGGCGAUGGAGCGCCGACCGGGCAAUGACAGUCAGCAGCGUGUACUCCGUUGCCUGCAGACUGUACAAAAGGCACUCAAAGUUACAUCACACUCUGCCAUGGUGAGCAGACUAGAGGUCAUCGCCCGUGAGCACAGGCUGAGCUGGCACUGCAACCCGUCGAACUACGAGUGCUACGUGUCGUCUGACAUGUUCUAUAUGGUGAUACACGCGGACGGCGCCGGCGCCGUGGCCGAUGUCAAGGUGGCUCACCACGGAGAGAACCCAGUGAGCUGCCCGGGCCUUACUAAAAUCCUACGCGAAGGAAACUUUGAAGAGUUUUCCCAACACCUGGAUGCCUUGGCCAACCUCUACAAUUUACCAGGUGACAGCGAUCUCAAAAACAAAAUGUACCUCGCUCUGCAGUCCCUGGAGCUCGACCUGUUCAAGAUGGCACAGUGGUACAAACUGGCGACGAACGCCGAAACAGUCGAGGCAAUCCUGCAUGGCAACGUUGGAUUUGUCUCUCCCAGGAGCGGCGAGAACCUGAUGACCCUCAAGUAUUACGUGUCUCCCUACGACCUCCUGGAUGAGAAGACGGGUGGAAUGCUUACCCUCACAGAUGACAAUGUUCCCCGCUCGCUGGGGUUGGGCGUGACGGUGGCCGUGGAGGGAGUGAGCGGGACGCACCGGCUGCCCAUCGCACCGCUCAUCGUCGGCACCAGGGCCACAGACGACAAAGGAACACCGCAGUUCGCGAGCGUCUCGCAGGCCAACAGCGUCGAGCUGCCCGGCUGCUUCUUCCUGAAGUUCCCGGCGCCUGUGCCGGUGUCUGAGGCCACCGUGAAGCAGCUGCAGUUGCUCACAGGUGUGAACGUGGACCCCGUUGGGGAGAGGGACCACAUGUUUGUGCUCAUCCGCCGCUGUGCACUCGACAAGGUGCCCAGCGGCGGCAGCACCGCCGACUCGAAUGUGAGCGGCGGCGCAGGAGAUGCCAGCUACCACACCGUGACCCUGCCAGACCAGAAACACGACUACUUCCUGAACGUGGGGAUGGAGGGAGCCACGGCGACGGCAGACCUUGGAGGGGUAGCGGCCCCUGAGACGCGGGGGGUCCUGGUCGCCAAGAUCCCCUUCGUUCACCCGAGCCAGGUCCCCGCCGUGCUGGCAGCAGUGCGGCGCCAGGCGCUCUACAACGCGCUGCUCGCGUCCUGCAUGCGCGGGGACGCUGCACCCCGCUGCGGAGAAGAGUUGUCGGGGCGGAUCCAGUUUGAGGUGAACCCACUCACCCACACGUCCUUCACCGUCUCCUUCCAGCACCCCAAGCAUGACACGCUGCUCAGCGUGCUCGUUGAGGUGUCCGAAGAGGCGCAGGUCAGCGCCAAGCUGUUCACCAGCCCCGCCGAUGGGCCCUUCUGCACUGACGACUACCUCUCCCGUGUGGUGCAGCGCUGCGCGUCGCUCCCCGUGACGAUGCGCGCCGUCUACAAGAAAGCGGAGACGGCGCCCGUGAACCCCGCGCGGCCCAGCAACACGGCGGAGACGCGGCGCGCUCUCGCCGCCCUCGCCUCCAACCUCGACGCCACCCUCGAGGAGUUGCACCGCAGCCACCCCGCGGCAGCGGCGGCGACGGCGGCGCCGCCCGCCGACGCGCAGCGCCACCACCAGCAGCAGCGGGCGCAUCUCACGGCGGCUGCCGCCUUCGCACAGGUGCAGGACGGCCUGGGCGGCACUGCGUACGGCGACGGGCAGGCCGCCGGCACCGCGGCUGGCCUCUCGUCGGCGGCGGCGGCGGCGCAGCAGCACGGCGUGGGCCUCUCCUCCCCGGCCGCCGCGGCCUUCUCGGUGGGGAACCUGGGCGGUGCGUCCCACCACCUCGACUCGGAGUUCUGCAAGGUGGCGCAGAAUCCCAUCCUCACCAGUCUGCUGAUUCCGGGCGCGCACGGCAGCGGCGGUGGUGGCGCCGGCGUGACCGUGUCGGGCGGCUCUUUGGGGCCGCCCGGCGCGGGUGGGCCAGCCUCACAGACGCCGACGACGCCGGUGACCCCGACGGCGCUAGCGUCGCCAUCCAGCACCAAAGCGCAUCCCAUGCUUAUGACACUGCUGCGCGACUCACCCGCCGGGGAGGGGUCGACCUUGCUGCUCGCGGCGCCUGCGUCUGCGCCAUCCUCCGCGGCCUCGUCCACGAUGGCAACGUCCGUGAUGUAUGGGGGUGGCGGUGGAGGGGGAGGAGCAGGAGGUGGGCAGAUGCACCACCACGGUCAGCUGCAUCAGCACACGCCUUACCACCACCAUCACCACCAGCAGCAGCACCACCACCAUCACCACGGUGGUGGUGCUGGCGGCAUGGGGGUGGACUCGUCAUCCCCGCCGCUGCACUGGAAGCCUCGCAAGAAGAAGCGCUCGUCCAAGUCUCCGCGCGACCCGCAGAGCGAGGACGAGUUCCAGAAGGAGCUGUCGGCUGUCGAGGGUGACGAGUGCCCCGUUAUCGGCGGCAGCGGCGUGCUGGAGGGCUCCCCCAUGGGCGCCCCUCCUCCGCUGCCUCCUCAGAUGCAGCCACCCAGCCUGCAGCAGCAGCAGCAGCAUCUUCCGGGCUCUGCGCAGCAGUCGCACCACCAUGGGAUGCUCGGCCACGUUCACGUGGCAUCCGACGCGAGCAGCAUCCUUGAGCAGGACCUGGGCAGCAUCCUGUCGGAGAUCCAGUGGCCGCAUGGCGGGCAGCAGAGCGGGAUGGGCGGGCCAGAGGGCGGGGGUGGCGUGGGGCCCGGGGGGCGGCGGCCCAGCCUCGCCGACGACCCCUGCGGCUCUCCCGUCGACCCAGAGCUGCUGUUCGGCGUGCCCUCCAGCACGGCCAUGGCCGACUUCGACUCGCCGCUCAACGCCAACGUGUUCACGCCGGACAGCGACGACAGCCUCCCCGACCUCCUCAUGGAGGGAAAUCUCCAGCCCAAGGCCGGCAAGGCAGGCCAGGGCGUGGACCCGUACACGCCGUUUCCCGGAGCGUCCGGCGGCGAGCAGGCGCCCUUCGCGGCGGACGUCGCGGGCAGCCGCGCGCGGGCGGAGACGGAGAGCUCCGAGACACCGGGGCAGGCUGCCGGGAAGAUUGGGGGAGGGGGCGGCAGUGGUAGCGGUGGCUUGGGGGCCCCGACAAGCGUGGCGGAAUACAUGCAGUCGGCGUUCCCGCUCUUCAGCACCGUGGAGGUGGCGUCGGUGAAGGUCGCGGGGGCGUCGGGCCCCGCCCGCGACAGGGAGCAGCGCGGCGAGCGUGAGCGGGACGACACGCCCAAGGGCGUCAAGCGGGAGCGUGACCCUUCGGAGAGGCCGCGCAAGGACAAGCCGCCCAAGAAGAAGAAGCGUGACCGCGGAGACGGCGAGUGGAGGUUAGGAUCCAGCCUUGCCUCCUCGGGGGGGUCGUCGUCCUCCGUGUCGCAUCACGUUCGAUCGCAAACACCGCCCGCCUCCACCGCACCCUUGAAGAUCACCAUCCAGGUGUCCACCAAGAAGGUGACGCUCGGAGGGCAAAGUAGUAGCAGCGGCAGCAGUGGGGGAGGGGGUAGUGGAGGAGGUGGGGGUGGUAGCGGCGGAGGUGGUAGUGUAGGUUCAUCGCUUACAGCCACGGGGAAGAGCUCAUCUUCGGCGUCCGUGGUCGCGUCUCCGAGCCGCCAGAGCACUCAGUUUGUAGGCAAGAUAAAGAACAACAAGACCGGCUCUUCUUCUGGGGCACCCAUGCUCAAACCCUGGUCUACGCACGGAAGUAGUGGCACCAACAGCGGCGGCACCAGUGGGGGCAGUGGAGGUUUCCAGAAGUCCGGCGUGUCGUCGCAGCCGCAUGUGACGCGCCCCGUGCAUAACAACACUAUCCGAAUCAAGACUCCGCCAAAACCCCCUCCCCUCGCCUCGGGCCUGAGCAGCAAGCCUAGCGGCUCGCCAUCGCACUCAAGGUUGGUGCCAGGCUCGGCCGCCGACCGACAGCACAUGGUGAAGGGUCCGCCGGGCGCGCCGCCCCCCAUGAAGCUGAAGACACCGGGAAGCGGAGGCCCCCCCAUGUCCGGCGGCGGCUCUGGCGGCAUGGGCAGCCACUUCCGUGGCUACAAGAUGGGGCCGUCUCACCCGCGCAACGUCCAGGGCGGCGUCUCUGGUUCAUCCUCGGGCCACGGCCUAUCAGGGUCCGGGCCGGGAUCAAUGUCUGCAUCAAGAGCUGGCUCCGGAGGGCCGGCUCCUGGCUUCAAGGUGUCCAGCCCUACCGUGUCGGCGCCAGGUUCCGUCUCCUCGCUCCCGUCGAAAACAGGCCGCUCGCCGAGCCACAGGUCAUCCCUGACGGCCGUUAUCGACAAACUCAACCACAAGGUGUCAACUACGGGCCAUGGCGACGAGGUGGUGCAGCCCCCGCCUCGUGAGCGGAUGCAGGGCCCUGGCGCGGGCCAGUCCGGCCCACCAAAAUCUCACCCGCAGCAGCAAGCAGCAUUUGACGAGGCGUGCAAGCGUGAUCGAGACACCAAGGUCGGCGGUGCACCACAGGACGGCCCCAGAGCGAGACCCGACGAGGCGCGGAGCAGCCCCGCUUCGGCCGCAAUCGGCGGAGUGGGCAGGAGCGAAGGCGGUGGCUCAUCUCCCGCCAACUUCAAGCACAAGUUGGUGACGGCUGGCGGCAGCGGCGGCGGGGGUGGCGGCGGCAUUUCCGUUUCAAAAGGGGAUGACACGGGGCCGUCCCGACUGUCAGCGUCUGCCCAGGGCGGCUGGGGCCACGAUGUAACGGGCUCGGGUGUGACCCGCGUGCCAACUCCCGUGUCUGCCUCCUCCACGCCCAAGGCGGCCGAGCCGCCAGCGUCGUGUGCAGCCGGAGACUCGAACUCGCAAGUGAGCGGCGGUGGCGGUGGAGGUCUGUCGAGGAGCCAGCAGGCGAGCGGGCUGAGCCACUCGCUGGGCGGCGGCUCUAUGGGCAGCGGUGGAGGCAACAUCGGCAGCGACAGCCCCAGCUCGGAGGAUGACAGCGUGAUUCUCAUCGGGGGCUUUCCAUCAGCGGAGCGGCAGCACGGCAAGGGCAAGCACAGGAAAGAGCUCGCCAAGUCUGGCGCCGACUCAAUCACCACCGGCAUGGGAUCGUCAAAAUCGCCGGCCGUUUACGACCAGGCCCUGCCGGGGAGCGUCCAGGCCACGCCCACAUCUCCAGAGGUCAUUGCCAUCGACCUCAUGGAUGAGGCUCUCAUCGGGAGCUCUCGCUGAGCCCUCGGUCCAAUACUCCCAACCCCAUCCACUGCCUUCACCACCGCUGUGCUCCCGCCCGGAACAUUGGGGUAGCUUUGUCAUGUUGGAGUUGCUGAGCGCUGGCGUGUGGGCGGCGGUGUUUGGUCUGAGUGGCGGAGGUGUGAGGAGGGUAAGGGCGGUUGCCCCCCCCCUCCCCGUUUAACUGUCGGUUGACUGGCGUUAAUUGAAGGAACGUGGCGUGUGCACGUGUCAAGGUUUGUGAACCCAAAUUGGUUUGUUAUCACGGUCCUGUGUGUUUUUUUAUUUGUUUUAUAAACUUAAGUCAUCGUUCAUCUCAUCAUUAGGCUAACGUCACUAAUUAUUAACGUUCGUGCUGUUAAAUGACAUAUAUUCAUAUAUCAAGUCAAAUGAAAGUAUCCAUUUGAGUAUUAGGUGAGGCUUAUCUCCAUUGGCGGUUCUGAGCAGGUGGUAGAAAUUCUACAUCACAGUGUUUAUUCAAAGGACAAACACUGCCUUACUUCCACUGAGUGGAUGCACUAGAUGGUACUCAUUUUGCCAAUCACAUUGGGAUGAUAUUCUGAAUAAUUAUAAUUGUCCUAAAUCAUGUGGGAUGCUGUAAUGGUAAACACUGGACUUACAAUACAGAGAGAUCACUGGUUCCAUUUCCCAGCGCGGCAGUUUCAACAAUGGACAAGUUUAUUCAAUUGCCUCUGUCCACCCAGCAGUAUAAAUGGGUACACCACAGUCAAUCAGUAGGCCACGUGUAGUGGGGUAAAGUUUACGUACUUUCACCUAUUUCAAAAUAUCUGGUCAGCAUGGGAAAGUAGUCCAAAUGCCCUUUGGAUGGGCUCUCUCGAGCUCCCCAUAGACACCCUUCUCCCAGCAGUGGUGUGAGCAAGCAAUUUCUGGGCUGCACCUGUACCCUUUGCGUGAAUUAAUAUGCUGUCUGUUUACUCGUUUAAAAUUAUUUUAAAAGGCCACUCUCGCCUAUAGCCAUGGAAAAAAGGCUUUGGAGCCCUAGAUGUCCCAACUGCAGUGGAUGUGACGUCUCGUAAGUUACAUUCCGAAAGAGGCGCAGUCUAUUUCAUGAACCAUUUAAACAAUGUGAGGCGCAUGCCGAUGUAUUACAAAUAUACAGUAUGUAAUUGCUAUCUUUUAGAUGACUACGUGCACAUUUUUAUUUUAAAUAGUAUUAUAUUUUGUGUUUGUCUUAUGCAAGAACCGCUAACUGUAUUGGAAAGUUUUAGAAUGUGAAUGAGGUCAAUUUAUAAAUGGCACGCAAUG